AGUUGGAGUCCGUGCUAUAUUUAAAAUUAUUUCUUCAUAGAAAGAAAAAGAAAAUAGUAACAAUAUGAAGCUUGGCGAUAUAUUUUUCAAAUAAUGAUUGAAUGAAGUUAUUAUUAUUAUUAUUUUUACAAUUAAUUUAUUUAUGAGAAGUGUGAAUAUGAAGCAUUUUAUUUCAUGCACAUAAUUACACUACAGCCAGAAAGAAGUUAGCUCUAUCGACCAAACAUCUACUCCCCAAGUGGACCCCACCACUGAGCUGCCGUGACCCACCGCACUUGAAAAUCGCACCGCCGGUCUUCCUCCGCCGUCGCCAGCUGCAAUUCCGAAUCUCAGUUCAGGCGACAUCUCAUCGCCGCCGCCGUAGAUCGGAACGACGGCGUCAUCCGUCGCUGUCUCGCGCGCAUAAACUCGUAGAUCCUCUUUUUCUAGGUAUUCCUUGAAAUCGUGGAUUCAAUUGCGCCGUAGAAUUAUUUGCGAGCCAGAUGAAUUUGAGCCAGGGAGCGGUGCAUCCAGUGGAGGCACCGCCGCUGCAGACGGAGGGUGCGGGGAACGUGCCGCUGCCGCGCGUGCGGAUGAAGGAUCUCCAAGGCAUGCCCGGGACGGUCGGCGGUCUAGUGUUGCGCGUGACUCAGUUUCUGUUCGCGGCGGUGGCGCUCGCCGUCAUGGCAACCACCAAUGACUUCCCGUCGGUCACCGCCUUCUGCUACCUUGUUGCUGCUGCUGGUUUGCAGAGCAUAUGGAGCAUUGUAUUAGGAAUUACUGAUGCUUAUGCACUUCUUGUGGGACGCCGUUUGCAGAAUCCUCAAGUUGUUAGGUUAUUUGCUGUUGGUGAUGGGGUUACUUCUAACCUAACGUUUGCUGCAGCCUGUGCAUCGGCAGGCAUUACUGUUCUCAUUGGGAACGAUCUGGGCGCCUGUGGCAGAAAUCAUUGCACAGAAUUUGAAACUGCUACAGCUAUGGCCUUCCUCAGCUGGUUUGCUGCAUUACCUUCUUUCUUGUUAAAUUUUUGGUCAUUGGCAUCGAGAUGAAAAUAACAAAUCUCCUGUGACCACAGACAUAAUUUUGGUGUUGAAGGACUAUAUCAUGUGUAGUAGUAUUUUUCUUCGAUUCCAUGUAAUCAAUCCGUCGCGUUGCCUGUGAUUAUUAUUGUUGUGUACAACUCCAAAACUGGUGCUGUCUCGUGUAUAUAAACAGUGUUAGUUCUGCUA